ACACUGUGCAGACAGUGCAGCGGGGACGGACAAUACUUGCGCGCACAUGUGAUACGGGCGCCGAGGAGCGUUCACUGACUGUCGUGUGCGCCCGUGUCUUUUUCGCCUGCUCUUUGCUCGUGAUUCCCGGUGUAACAACCUGCAGCUGAGAACAGCUAUGGCUGCGCUGUCAGGAGGCGAGAUGUGCGUGAAAUUCAUGAUGUUUGCCUUCAACCUGCUGUUUUGGUUUGCAGGUACAGCCCUGCUGUCCAUUGGCCUUUGGCUCCGUUUUGACCCAAAGACCAAAGACUUGUUUGAAGGACCGGACUCUACACAUGUCUUUUACACAGUUGUUUAUAUGCUAAUUGGAGUUGGAGCAGUGAUAAUGGCAGUGGGUUUUCUUGGAUGUUGCGGAGCCAUUCGGGAGUCACCUUGUAUGCUCGGAACGUUCUUCGCUCUCCUGCUCGUACUCUUUGCUAUUCAGGUUGCGGCAGGAAUCUGGGGAUUUUAUAAUCAGAGCAAGGUAGUAGAUGACAUCACAACAUUUUACGUGCAGACGUACAACAACUACAAGACCACAGGGGAAGAGGCGCUCAGGGAGACACUGCGCUUAAUUCAAAGCGGGUUGAACUGCUGUGGUCCGACUGGAAACGCAGACGCCGCCAAAGACACAUGUCCACAGGGAGAGCUACUUGAGGAGCUCAUGACUAAGAGCUGUCCCGAUGCCAUUGAGGAGGUUUUUGAUUCCAAACUGCACAUAGUUGGAGGAGUCGGCAUCGCUGUUGGGAUUAUCAUGAUUUUUGGGAUGAUCUUGAGCAUGCUCCUGUGUUGCGCCAUCAGGAAAUCUCGUGAAAUAGUGUGAUACCUCAACUCAACUCGACUCGACUCAACUCAACUCGACUCACUUUAACUGUAUAACUGACACAACAUCAGUCCCUACGUAGAAUCACGGCCUUGGUUUGACCUCCGACAAAGACACCGACAUGUUCGCGGGGCGUCGUCGUCUAAGUUAUACUCGGUGCAGGUCUUUGUAUUAUAUACACUGUCUAUUGUCUCAAGGACAGCUUCACUAGACGAGAUUAAUGUGCCAUGCGGUUAUUAGACUACGGUGUAGAAUAGGCGUUCACGCUGAAAUGUAAGAAUUCCAUUUUCAGAAAAGUUGGUUCAUUUUCUAUUCAGGAAAAAAAACAAAAAAAAAAAAAACGUUGAGUGUAAUUGAUAAAUGUCUACCGCUAGGCCUGAUACAACCUCAGGUUUACUUUAAUAGACCUGAGACUAUUUGGCAAAGAGGUUUAUGCUUAAAAAAGCCGGUCGGCAGGUAUUUACAACGCCAACCUUUUUAAACUAAGAUCACAUUAGUAUUUCCUUUAAAUGUUUGAUUAAACAGGACUAAAGGACUACAUUUAUUUUUUAAUUUUUUUUUGCAAUUAGAACAUUUAAAAUGGAUCAUAUACCUGGUAUGUGGUAUGUUAGAA